AUGACAGACAGCAGCACCAAGUUCUACUACAUCGGUGUCGACGUUGGCACCGGCUCUGCACGAGCCGCGCUCGUCGACGAUGACGGCAACAUCCUUGCAGAAUCAACAAAUGCUACGCAGACGUACCGUCUCGAAUCAGACGCACGCAUCUUCGAGCAGUCGACCACCGACAUUUGGUCGCAGAUCAAGUCAGCCAUCACCCAGGUCGUCGCUGCGUCCAAGGUCGAUCCCAGUCUCAUCAAAGGUCUCGGCUUCGACGCGACUUGCUCUCUCGCAGUCACUGACUUCGACGGCAAGCCGAUUGCUGUGACACCGCAAUCCUCGGCGACCAGCAGCGAAUGGGGUCCCGGCGAGCGCAACGUGAUCUUGUGGGCUGAUCACCGCGCCGAAGACGAGGCGGCGCUCAUCAACUCGACCGGAUCCAAGGUGCUCAACUACGUCGGCAAGACCAUGUCGCUCGAGAUGGAGAUCCCCAAGAUCCUGUGGUUGAAGAAGCACAUGCCAGCGGACCUGUUCAAGAAGUGCAUGUUCUUCGAUCUGCCAGACUACCUGACGUACAGAGCAACCGGAUCGUUGGCGAGGAGCAACUGCUCGUUGGUGUGCAAGUGCUCGUACAUUCCUCCGGGCGUAGACGGCUCCGAACUCGGAUGGCAGCCAGACUUCUUUGAACAGAUCGGGCUUGGCGAGCUGGUCAAGGACGACUUCAAGCAGCUCGGCGGUGUUCCAGGUCGCAACGGCAUCGUCCUCACUGCUGGUCAGCCUGUCGGAGAUGGCCUCAGCGCUGAGGUUGCUGCCGAGCUCGGUUUGCUGCCGGGUACGGCGGUCGGAUCUGCCCUCAUCGACGCCUAUGCAGGCUGGGUCGGCACCGUCGCUGCACCGGCAACCAACCCUGUCGACGAAGAAAACAACCACCCAUCACUCAUCAGCUCUCAGAACCGACUCGCUGCUAUCGCGGGCACCAGCACAUGCUACUGCGUUCAAUCACCUGACGGCAUCCUUGUAGACGGCGUCUGGGGUCCUUACAAGCACGCCGUCUUUCCUGGCCUCUGGAUGAACGAGGGCGGACAAUCCUCGACUGGUCAACUCAUCGACUUUAUCAUCGACACGCAUCCCGCAGCGCCAUCACUGCGCACCACAGCAUCUGAAACCAACCGAUCGCCCUUCCAAGUUCUACACGACAAGAUCGACUCGCUGGCAUCCGAAGCAUCCCUGCACCAUGCCUCUUUCCUCACCAAGGAUCUGUUCAUCUACCCGGACUUUCACGGCAACCGCUCGCCGCUCGCCGAUUCGACCAUGAAGGGCAUGAUCACCGGACUCAAGCUCGACCGCUCGCUCGCCGACCUCGCUCUGAAAUAUUACGCCACGCUGGAAGCCAUCGCCCUGCAAACACGACACAUCGUCGAAUCGAUGAACGCCAAGGGACACAAGAUCGAUUCGAUCUACAUGAGCGGCGGACACGUCAAGAAUCCCGUCUUUAUGCAGUUGAUCGCCGACGUCUGCGAUAUGCCGGUUCAACUUCCGUUCAGUUCGAGCGCGAGUGUCGUCGCUGGCUCUGCGAUCCUCGGAAGAUUCGCGGCCGAUGUCAAAGAUCCAAAGUCUUCAGGUGCAAGUGGUGAGUUUGCGCCGAAGGAGCCGACGAUGAUCGCAGACCAAAAGACAGCGGAAGACAGCUCGUUCAAGUACAAGGACCAUCUGUGGGAUUUGAUGGUGAGGAUGACCAAGCCGGGAACGUUGGUCUUCCCGCAGAAGGAUGAGAAGUUGGCCAAGUUGUUGGAUGUCAAGUACAGGAUCUUCCGCGAAUCGAUCGAGAUUCAGCGCAAGUGGAAGUCGAUGGUCGGCGAAGCGAUCAAUUGA